AGCGGUAGAAUGUUGUGCAGCGCGUGGCGUAAAAUAUAAAAUAAAAGCUAUGAACGGCUUCCGAUUCCUUCGUGCGACCCUUCGGCGGCCGGCUCGGGGCUUCUGUAACUGCGAGGCGCCAAGGCGGUUGGGGGCGGCGCGGCCGCCAGGCGCCCUCGCGAGGCUCCAUCGCGCCUGCGCGGCAGUAGUACCGAAAAUGGGCGACUCGGAGGACGAGUUCCGGCUGCUGGUCCCGCCGGGGCGCCGGCGGGGGGCGGCUCCAGUCGUUCGCGGCGAGUGCGGCCGGCCCGGGGGGGAGCGCGGGCCUCUCGGGGCGGCCGGAGCUGCUCCCGGCGCCGGGCCGCUCACUCUCCUGGUGGACGGCGGGCGGGAGCGGGACGGCGCCCCUUCGGCGGCGCGCCCGGCCGGGAGGAAGAGGCGGAAGGCGGCGGCGGCCGGGGAGCUGCUCACGGCCCUGGCGAUGUCGCGCUCGGGGGCCGGGCCGGGCGGGAAGCGGCCCAGGGCAGAGAAGAGGGACCGCGGGAAGCCGCCGCCGCCGCUGCUGCUUCAAGGGCCAGAGGAGGCCCGCCGAGGACUCGAGGCCCGGGCGGCCUUGCUGCUCUCCGAGGCCCCGGCGGCCCCCUGCACUCCCCCCCUGCCCACCAGCCGGUGGCGGGAGGCCGCAGUGGGGAGCCUGGCCGAGCCUGAAGACAGCCGCUGCUCGCUGUGGGAGCUGAGUUCGUUAACGGGCCGGUGCGCCCCCGACGGCGUGGCGGCGCACUGGGCAGAGGAGAGGCGGGAGUUCAGCAUGUCUGCGGCAUUACCAGAGUCUGGCAGAUCUCCAGAGGUGGAGCAUUUCCCAAGCAGAAUUUGUGGGUAUUUUCAAGAGAACAGUCCUGGACAUCCAAAGAAACUAGCUCAUCAGAGAGAUGCUGAUACCCUGCAGGAUCUCCUGGAACUGGCUGGGGAAGGGCUCACGCUCACACAGUGGAACUUGGAUAUUCGGCAGCUGGAGCGACCAGAACAAGAACAGAAGCCAGGUGUUCUGCAAAAUACUUUUAUUCGGUUAUUGCAGCAGCAGCAGCAGCAGCAGCAACUGUCCCAGAAACGCUCUUGUGAAACAGUAAGGACAAUUUUCCCCCUUGAUUCACUGGCUGCUGCCUUCAAGGAGAUGGUCAACAAUCCUCAUUUGAGUGAUAUCCAGAUCCAGGUGGACAGUGGGGAAAUCCUCUAUGCUCAUAUGUUUGUAUUGUAUGCACGGUGUCCUCAGCUUUUACAAUUUGUUGGCCAUAGAAGUUUUGUGGUGGCUGAAGAUGGAGAAGUUAGAGCGUGCCGUGUACUGUUGCAUGACACUCCAAGGGAGGCUGUUGCUCUGUUCUUGAACUACCUCUACACAGCUGAGCAUUUCAUACCUCAGCAUUUGCUGUCAGAUGUGGCUGACCUGGCAAUAAGGUUUGGAGUGAAAGAAUUGGCUGUUCUUUGUGAAGGCCAGCCUAGUGAAGGGAUAUGUAUAGAAAAAUCAGCGGAUGAUAAAGACAGACCUGGAACUUUUGAAGAACUCCUGAAGUCCAUGUGGCCAGAUGAAGAUGAAGAAACUGCACCAAAAUCUGUACGCAGAGAUGAAAUCAGUGACAGUAUGAACGACCAAGAACUAGAGGAGAUUUACACGUUUGUGGCUACCCAGCGCAGAAUGACCCCUGAUGAAGUGAGGAAUGAAAAGGUCUGCGUUGAAUGCAGACAUGAUGAAGGGGAAGAGAAAAUUGGCCAGGAUGGUGCUUCCUGCCCAAGAAAGGUUCUGGAAAAGUCCACAAGAGGCAUGACAAUUAGGAAAGGUGAAAUAAAAUGUGGUCUAGAGUCAUCCAAAUUGAAAAACUCUGUUGCCGGCACAGAAAAGGAUCUGAGAAAAUUUUCUGUUGAGUUCCAGCAGGAUUUUGAGGAAAUAGUGCCCUUCAGAGCAGGUACUAGAAAAGAAACCACAAGUGAGGUUCUUCUUGGGUUAGCUGGGAUUUCCAGUCAAAGAAAUCAUCUGGAGAGCUCUGCAACCCAAUUUUCUGUCUCAGAAAUGAAAUGUUCUCUCUGGGAGCCGAGUAUUGAUAUAGCUGAAAAAGAAACCACAUCAAGAAAUUUUCCAAGACUCUUUCAAGUGCCAGCAGUAGAUCUCCAGGUGACUUUGUCAAGGGACCUAGAAGCUCCUUUGUCUCUGCUUACAUAUGCAUCACAGCCAAACAUACUAGAUAGGCUUCCCUCUCAAAAUGAUAAGCAAAAGAAUAUAAAGAGGAAGGGAGAGGCUCCUGUCAGCAGCCUGGAGAAGCCUGGUGGAGUAAGUCCUUGUAAUCGGGAUGUUAAGAGUAACGAUAUUGUGGUACUGGAUUCUGAUGAAGAGCUGGAACAGGAGGCAGGAAAGAAACAGGUAGAGGCUACUUCAGGCUUCUCUAGACAGCAGUCACGGCAAAAAGCGAGCCCUGUUGCAGAUGUCUUGAACUGCUGGAGCCCAUCCCUUCCCCGACAGGGCGUGAGUAAAGUGGGUGAUUGGUUGGGCUCACUAGUUUGUGAUGAGGCACAACCUUUGGGUGAAAGCCAUCAGCCCUUGAACCUGAGUAGUCAAAAAGAAGGCAGCUGCUGGGAAGGUUUGGGCUGGAGUGAAGGAAGGACAUUGGUGGUGCCUGAAACUCCUCUGUCAGCCUGGAAUAGCAUGGAUGACAUGCAGGUUGAAAAAUCCAGGUUGAAUUCUGGCCUUGAAAAGCAAUGGACUCAAGAAACCCAGAUAAGACAGUUCUCUUGCAGCUAUAAACCUCUGCCAGUGCUUUUAUCUACCUCUUUGCUUGAAACAGUGAAGCCUGACAAUGGCCCAUGUGCAAGAGAGAGAGAUGUGGUGGUUGUGGAUGACAGCGAGGAGGAGCAGGAAGUGGGGCCACCAUUCUCAAGGGGUAUCUUUGCAGAACCUUUGGAGAUGAUAACUGUAAAUGCCAGAAAUCCUUUGGGGACUUCCGUAGAUGUUUUUGAUGUGCAGGACAAUAACCCUGUUACUGUUGGUAGUAGCAUAGCUAAUUCAGCAGCCACAUUCCAUUCUGGAGUGGGAGAUUUGCUAUUGCACAACUCUCAGAAUUGGUCUGGAGAAGACUCUGACAGCAGUGAAGUUCUUCCUGUCUCCCAAAGUUUGUCUGCUUCCAUACCUGUUCCAAAGAUUUCUGAUCUUACCUGCCAAGCCAGAGAAAUCUCUUGCAUUACUCCGCAGAUGUCCUUCCCACCUUAUUCGAGCAUGGACACCCCAGAGCUGAAGAAGGAACUGAGCAGGUUUGGUGUCCGUGCUCUCCCAAAGCAGCAGAUGGUUUUAAAACUGAAGGAGAUAUUUAAGUUUACACACCAACAGGCAGGAACCAACUCCAAGAAAAAGGCUGUUUCAGUUGCUACCAGUUCCUUUCAGAAGCUGCAGCAAAAAUUUGUUUCCCCUUAUCUGAUGCUUCAGGGGAGCCAAAAUACCAAUAGCUUUACAGAUAUCUCUGAAGGAGGUAAUCAGAGGCCAGAGGCUGGAUUUGGGUGGCCAAAGGGAGCAACUGUUCCUGCAAACAGAUUAACUAUUGGAGGUGGCACUGGAGAUCUAAUCCUUACAGCUUCUCAAGAGUCAGCUGGAUCAUCAGGCGCUGGAAGUGAGACUUGUGCAACAUCUCAGAGUUCAUCAACAGAGUUUGAAAUUAGCAUGCUGGCAGAGAAAGAGGAAGAUGUCCCAGCCUCUCAGAUUGCAGAGACUGGUGAGGUGCGGAAACUGGAAAUCUUGAAGCACUAUAUUCAUUCCAACCCAUCUCUUUGCCAGCAAAUUCUGCUGUAUCAGCCCAUUGAACUGUCUGUACUGCAUGCAGAACUGAAGGAAAAUGGCAUAAGGAUUGCAUUGGACAAGUUAUUGGAUUUUUUGGAUGCCAACUGCAUCACAUUUACCACUGCAGAAGCUCGGAGAGAAAAGAAACAGCACCUCCAUAGAUCCAAGAAAAAAGGGCGAAGGUGAUGCUGAGCUCGUUGGAUCUGGUAGUCUCCCAAAAUAUGAACUCCUGGAGGUUUCCUGCUCUGCAACUUUCCAGUCAGCUGCCACUUUCUUUGCUCUAUCCUGUAUUUUUUUUUUUUUUUUGGAAAAAUCUGUGCAGGGGUUUGUAGUGAGUUUAAUCCCUUUAGGCCAAAAUUUGGCUUGGACAAUGGAUAGCUUGCAUCCUAAGAGCAGCUUUGGAAAGGUGUGUUUUGAUUGCAGAAAGUGGGACCGUCAGCCCACUUUCCCACUGGCUUAGAUAUGGAUUAUCUCAGUUUGGUAAUAAAAGACUUUGUUUUCUAAGGAUUUAAAUGUCUUUCUACAGACUGCAGCUGAUGUGGGCCAGUCAAGCUUAAUUUGGUUCAUUUGCCCAAAUUGCAGUUUCAUGAGUUGCUGUGUCAGAGUUGGCCACUUGCAACACCUGUACUCAGAGUUGCAUCGAAUCCUGAUGAGUGAUUUCAGCAUACCUUUUAGGGACAACCUGUUAAUGCCUAGAAGUCUGUUCAGCACAUCCUUUCCCCAGGUGUAAAAUACAGGGCUAUGGCUGACUGAUGGAGGGAAAAGCUUACUCCUUCAUUUGCAAAAAUAACUUUCAAGUUUAUGCAGCCUGAGACAACCACCAAAACUGUCUCCCAGGAGGCACUUGCUGUGGUGUAUUUAAGCAAAAAAAAAAAAAAAAACUGGGGAGGAGAGAGGAGCUGCAUUUAGCAAGAUACACAUAAUGUGAGGGCAAAGUAUUUACUGACCACACACUAAACUCUUGCUUCUCAAAGACUUGACAGGCCAGGAACUGAAACUGUUAAAACUUGUAUAUGGAGAUGGUAAUGCAUUCCUUAUUUUAGACUGCCUAAACUAUACUAUUGUUUUCAUUUACUUUCUGCCAUGUUAAAAAAGCAAAGAAAUUAUGUAUUGAAUGUGAGCAAAUAUA